GAUCGCAAUUCCUUCAUUUCCGAACCAUCAGAUUUCGUUGCCGAGAUUAAUACCCACCAAUUUCUGCCCUAAAACCGCCCAUUAACAGUUAAAACUACUCAUUAGCAUCCCAAAACCGCUAUUCGGACUGUAAGAAACUGCUUUUCCUUUCCCUCCUCCGCGGCAACAAAAUCGCCGUUUUCUCGCCGUAGAAUCUUUUCCUGCCUCUUUAUAGAGCUGAAGACGUGCAGCAACCGACGUUUUUACGGUUGGAGACUCUUACAAGCUUGAAGACAGUUGAAAUCGCCGACUUUUUACAGAAAACCGCCGGUUUUUAUUGGAAAACCUGCUCCUGUGCUGCUGAAAACCGAUUUUUGUAGCUGGAUGCUUACUACUGAGUGGAGAAAACUGUCGAAUCCUGUUUACAUUCAAACAUGCAGCGAGAAAACCGGCUUUGGUUUGCCUGAUAACCGCUUUCUCUGUCAAAACAGCUCUGGAAAACCGCUUUUCAUCAGAGCCGCUUGAAAAGUGCUCGGAGAUCUCUUCAUUCAUGGAAAGAUACGAUCCGUUGCUCUGGAUUGCUGAGCCGGAGAGGAAACGGAACGGAGAUCUGCGACGGACACAAGCAGGGCGGGGAUCUUGCCGUGGAAGUUAGAACGGGAUCGAAGUCUCUGUUUUGAUUGGAACAGGUUUCUGUUUUUCCUCUUUUGUGAAGGAGAGAUGGGUUUGCAGAUAAGAGAGUCUCUUCGGAGUCUCUGUUGCAGCAAUGGAUGGUCGUAUGGGGUUGUGUGGCGGGCGAAAUGCCAUGAUUCGAUGUUGUUGAUUUCGGGAGAUGCUUAUCAUGAGGAGCACAUUGCGAUGCUGGCCAACAAGAUGCUUCAUCAGGUUCAUGUUGUGGGAGAGGGGAUCAUUGGACAAGUUGCUUCUACUGGGAAGCACCGCUGGAUUUUCUCAGAUACAUAUUUUGGUGUAUCCAGUCCAGAAGGCCUUGUUGACAAUCAAGCUGCAUUCCAGGUACAGGACACUGCUGAGUGGUACCAUCAGUUUAUGGCUGGAAUAAAGACAAUUGCUGUAAUUUCUGUAUCACCACAAACCGUAGUUCAGUUUGGUUCCACCCAGAAGAUUCCUGAGAAGUUAGGGUUUGUUGAUCAUGUCAAAAGUUUGUUUCAGCAGCUGCAAAGUGUACUGGGACCUUCUCUAUCCGGAAAUGCAUGGAAGCCUGUUAAUCGUCAAACUAAUGAUCUGAAUGGGACUUUUGCUUCUCUACUUCUAUCUAGCAACUCCUAUUUCAGUCAUGCAAACAUCAAACCCUUGCAUGACAGCAUAUGCAAAGAGAUGAUGGCAAAAGCACGAAGUUCAUCAAAUCAUGCCCAAUCCCUCGAUCAUUUGACUUCACGGUUGCACCAUGGUUGCCUGCAGCCUCAUGCAUUAGCUGUACCGGAAAUCUCCAGUUCAAUAUGUGCAACAAAUGAUUCAAAUGGCUUGCAUCAGAAGACAGCCACCUUCAUGAACAAUUCUUCAUUUCACCUCAAAAAUGGCUUCCAAACAGAAGGUGCAGAAGCCCAAGUCAUAUUCUCAUCACCUAACAUGCAGUUACCACAAGUCCUCCAAUCUAAUUCAAGUUCUGCUAACAGUUCUCUUCUCAACAACACCAGUAUGAGUACAUGGGGUAAUGAAGCUUCUGCUUUGACGUCAACAACCCAACGGCUACCACCUGCAACUGGCAUAGGGUCUCGAAACACAUUUCUUACAAAUUUACGUGCCAAUGUCUCUUGUGGGAAUACAUUUCCAAAAUUUCACAGGAACCCAUCCUCACCUCCACUAUACAGCACAAACGGAUCAGUUGAUGGCAUAACUGAUACCAUGGUUAACAAAAGGUAUGGAAUGCAGGAAUUGGUGGAUAGUCAGCAUCAUUCUCCAUUAUUUCAUGCUGCUGAAGGCAAACAAUCUACUUCUAAAUCAUAUUCUAGUGUAACUCCUCUUGUUCCACAACUUCCAAGGGAACCAGCGAGCAUACAAGCAUUUCUGGGGAACUUCAGACCCACGAAUCCUACAUCUGCCCCUUCUAAACCAAACACAGUAAGCAAUUUAAACCAGUGGACGGUUCCAGUGCUAGAACCUGUGAAAAAUGGCUUGCCCACACCACUGAGAGGGGGGCCAUUACAAGCUGUUGGUGGUGCCCCUAUUUCAUCCGGGUUUAUUGAAGGUGAUGUGUUGAGAGGCAUCCCGAUCAGUGACGUACUUAGACCUGUUCAGAAUCCCACUGCAUGUGAUAUAAAUUCUCUUGGUGCAGUUUCUGAUGGGAAAGAGAACUCUUUGAGUGGGCCCAUGCAACUGGACAACGACUUGUUUGAUUGUUUGGGAUUGGAUCUCAAGCAAAACCAGGGGCUGGAAUGUUGGGAGGAUUUUAUGCUGCCAGAACAGUGUGGUAAUCACUCAGAUCUGAUGACUGGUGUGUCAGAGUGUAUAUCCGAAUUGGAUGCUCGAUCUAUGAAUGGUUCUGCUAAAGGACUCUUCUCGGAUCUUGGGCUUGAACAGCUAUUAGAUGCUGUUGUUGGAAAUGCAGGCUCCAUUACUAAUAAUUCAGAUGAUCGAUCAUCUACAACCACGAUCACAAGAGCAGGAAGUAUGUCGGUGUACAGUAAUCAAGUUCCAUUAGCAGGUCUUUCUUGCUUGAGUGAAAGUAUGGGUUUGCUGCCCAAAAAUAAUUCAGAGAAGACAACACACGGAUGUCAGAAAGAAGCGCCUUCAACAUCUCUGAUCAGUUCAUGGAUCGACAGCAGUUACAAUAUCAACGCCGAGAGUGCAGUGGUCUCUCAGCCUAAGAGGGUUGAUGAACCUCCAAAAGUCACCAGGAAAAGGGCUCGACCUGGAGAAAGUACUCGACCGAGGCCAAAGGACCGUCAGCAGAUCCAAGACCGAGUGAAGGAGUUGCGGGAGAUUGUGCCUAAUGGUGCAAAGUGUAGCAUCGAUUCUCUGUUGGACCGGACCAUCAAGCACAUGCUCUUCUUGCAAAGUGUGACUAAAUAUGCAAAGAAACUUAAAGAAGUCGAUGAGCCGAAGAUGAUUGGCAAGGAGAGCGGUGUAGUCUUAAAAGACAACUCGAGUGGCAGUGGUGGCGGUGCUACAUGGGCAUUUGAAGUAGGGGGUCAAACCAUGGUCUGCCCUAUUGUAGUUGAGGACCUUAACCCCCCGGGCCAGAUGCUUGUGGAGAUGCUCUGUGAGGAACGGGGUUUCUUUCUCGAAAUAGCAGACAUAAUUCGAGGAUUUGGCCUGACUAUCCUGAAGGGAGUGAUGGAAGUUCGAGACAGCAAGAUCUGGGCACGGUUUGUGGUUGAGGCAAACCGUGAGAUUACUAGGAUGGAUAUAUUUCUCUCUCUUGUUCAACUUCUACAAGAAACAACAAUGGGCGGCAUCAGUUCUGGUGGUCAGCCAACUGCUGCUCCCGAUGGUGGAGUUCCAGUAUUUUCCAACUAUCAGAAAUCUCCCAUGCCACUCCCAAUCAGCUUAGCAGACAGAAUGCAGUAAUUUUGGCAUAUGGGUCUGGUCUGGAAUUAUUGUGAGUUGGCGACUCAUGAGUGCCUACAAUGACUGGUAUUCCAGAUUCCGAACUCAACCCACUGUGGUCAGCAUUUUGGAUACUGUGGUGGAGAUGAUGAAUAUGGCUGGGAAGGGUUUGUUUGUUUGUUUGUUUUUUUUUUUUUUUUUUCUUCCAAAGACUGGCCAUGGCUUCUGUUUUCAGACAGCCUUGCAAGAAAGGGAAAUGACAAUCGAAUAUCUAUGUGAAUGCACUUCAGGAGUCGAAGGACGGGAUGGGAUCUUAGGAAGGUCUAGUCGAAAUGGUGGGCCCUAUGUUGGUCAUGUUAAGGUGGAAAAAAAGGAAAGAAAGAAAGAAAGGGGAAAAGAUGAAUGGAUGAGAUUUAGCUGGUUGUUUUGGGUUCUUUUGAUAAACUGUUUAUAUGAUGUUAACCUAGUUAUAGACUGACUUGUCAUUGGUUCUUGGGAUUUGUUAGAUAUAAGUUUCAGUUUAAUAAAAUGGGCUCUCUCUCUCUCUC